UCCAAGGCUUGUGAGGAGGCUUUUUUCAAGCCCUCUUCUCUUGGGGCUGGCAGCAGCCUCUUUCAGAGACCUGGCUUCCAGGCUCUCUGUGAAUGACAAAUGGCACUCACUUCUCUGGAAGCUCUGUGUGCUGCUUUUGUGAACCUUGACUAGCAGGAGCCAAGCUGUGACCUCAUACUGCUUUUGUUCCUCAGCUGUAGUUUAGGUUCAGUUCAGUUCCACUUCUGUGGGACAUGAAGCAAGUGAGCUGCUCUCUCUAAAGCCCUGGAGAAGGAUGUGAGGAGAAGAGUGGGGGGUCCUACAAACUCCAGCUCACCCUCCUCACAAGUGCUGCUGAGGAAGGACAGCCUGAGACUUUCCUCCAGGUGGUCUGUCAAGCAGAAAGAUACUGUGAGCAAGGACACUGAACCCAAAGAUCCAUUUCCCAUUCCAAGAAAGAUUAUGGCUGAACCAGACUACAUAGAUGAUGACAAUCCUGAAUUAAUUAGACCUCAGAAAUUAAUUAAUCCUGUGAAGUCAUCCCGGAAUCAUCAAGAUCUCCAUAGAGAGCUGCUUAUGAAUCAGAAAAGGGGUCUUGCACCUCAGAACAAACCAGAGCUACAGAAGGUGAUGGAGAAAAGGAAACGAGAUCAAGUUAUUAAACAACAAAAAGAAGAGGAAGCACAAAAGAAGAAGUCAGACCUGGAAAUAGAACUACUGAAACGGCAGCAGAAACUGGAGCAGCUGGAAUUGGAGAAGCAGAAGAUACAGGAAGAGCAGGAAAAUGCGCCUGAAUUUGUCAAAGUCAAGGGCAACUUGAGGAGGACGGUCCAGGAAGCCACAGAAGCACCAGACUCCUAGAGCCAGAGCCUGCUUAGACUUCCAGCUUUCCUGCAGAGAGAGGCUUUUGCAAGUUGUCUCACCUUUGCCCCUCAAGAGAGAAAAUAACAGCAUCCAGCUGACACUUACUGAAGAUGAGAUUUGUAAUUCCUGGGAUGUGUGGAUUGAAAAGACAAUAUUGUAAACAGAUCGACUUGCCAAAUACAGUCCUGAGAUCAAUGGAUAAGGAGUGUCUUUGUCAGUUCAGUGUCAUGGACCAGGCUGACAUGCUUUCUCAGAGAUUUUAACCAGGGAUACUAGAGAAACUCCUUCAGUGUUGCACUGCUUUAACUCUUGUGAUCCUCGUUUAGUGGAGAUACACAGAUUAUAUUUUGCUUUAAAACAGAGCAAAAAUCCUCCUGUUAUAUCAAGCUUUGCUGCGCAGGUAGAUUUCCUUCAUCUAGACCUACAGCUUGUGUAUAUCCCACAAUAAUGUGUGUUUAGCUGGAAUUCUUAUUAAAUUUAGGAGAAUAUGAGGUGUGCUGAUUACUGCUGCCCAUCCCCACUAGGAUAGGUAGGUGUGGGCAAGAUGAGAAUGCUUAAAAUUCACCAGCAGUGAAAAGUUAAGCAGCCUUAAAGCCCAUUUCUUGCUGUUUGGCAUGUAGAAUUUGGGCUAUGAAAGAACAAAAAUCUGAUGAUCCUUUCACAGGGAAACUCCAGAGUCUGAUUUGUCUCUGUCUGUAAACUUACACUGUUGUGUACAGGCCUGUGAAGUGCUACCUGUGAAUUUACCUCUCAAAGCAAAAUUACCUGUCUUCUACUUCUCAUGUUUUGAAAUCCUGCUUACUUUGGUGUUGUGGCCUUUCUCCUCCAAGGACAUGCUGGACAGAGCACAGUGUUAACACAUCACUUGGUAGUGUUUGAACUCAUUUGCUGGAACUGAUCUGCCAUCAGUUCCUACUCUUUGCUUGCAGACACUUGUUGCAGUUUCUGCAGUAGAGAAGUGUUUAAACCAGACCAAACCAAUUACUGGAAUCUACUGAAAUGGAUUUUUUUUCCCUAAAGUGAGGCAUAAAAUGAAAUUCAUUUUAUCCCAUCCUUCAUUCAGCCUCAAGAAAGAAGUUUGUUACCACUGAGACUUUGGGUCCAAUUCUGUCAUCUUCUGCCUUUCCACAAGUUUCCCUGUGACUUACCAUUACAUAAAAUACUGCUCAGCUUGCACAGGGAUGACAGAAUCUGAUCCUUCAUGCUUAUGACUACUAGUUAUCCAGGAAAGCCUGGGAUGAGGAGUGGGGAACAGAUUGCUCAUGUAGGAUUAUAGAAUUGGAUUCUACCUGGUGUGAUUGCAGACAUAUCUUCACAAUGUGGGGAGAAACCCUCAUCUUCCUUGGUCAGAACAGUCCUAGUUCUCACUGAAACUGUGUUCAUACAUACCUGCUGAGGAUCUAAUCCCUAGCCUUUGCCUUAGGAUGCUAAACACAAUAAUUUAUACUUUGUAAUUACAUUGGACAUAACUGUUUGAGAACACUUUUUAUUAAUAUCAGCAGUGGCAUGUUUGUAUUGUAAAGGUGUGGUGGAGGGUUGUUUGCUUGGUUUUUAUAGUUCCUUUUGCCUUUCCUAUAAGUAUUGGACAUUUUAAAUACAAUUUCAGAUUAGCACUGGGGACAAUACACUCACAAUUAGAAAUGUUUCCUAGAUACAGACUUUAAUUUGUUAAGAUACAGGCAUUUUUUUGUGAAGACAUAAUCAGAUUGAGGGUAAAUUGAAUUGUGAUAAGCAUAUUGCCAUUGAUUUAGACUUGCAGUGUGACUCACGUCUAGAAGAUUAAAUGUGAAGAUGGUCUAAGACUGUUCAGAUUAUGGACAUACAAAAGACAAAGGCCAAAUGUAAGACUCUUCCAUGUAUUAUCUCAACAAAGGAACACCCUGAAUGCUGCAGGUACUUCCCUCUCUUCUUCCCUUCUGGCAAGAGAGGAUCCUUUCUGGCAAUACAUCAUUCCAACGCUUGCACUGAUUUUGUGUCAUGUUGUUGAGACAGCACCAUGUCUGAGACUUUCACACCCCACUCAUGCUUCAUCUUAGCUGUUCCCAAACAUCCUGCCUCUUGGUUUCAGCUCCACAUCAACCUUCUGCUCAGUAUGGAAAAGGCUAGAAGUGAGUGAGGAAACCUUCCUCUGGCGUGAGCAGACCAUUUGGUGUAGCCAUUUCCCCUUGGUGAUCAUGGCAAUCCUACCACACAUUCACAGUGAAAUGAAAUCAGUGGCACUGGGAGUGGAGGGGGACAAAGACCCCGUUUGGCUUCAGUGGCUGUGUUGGAUCUGGCCCUCAAGGCUAAAGGCAGCCUGCUUUCUCCCCAGGUUAGCCUGUGAUUCAGGGUAGAGUUUCUCUUUCUGAAACACAGGAUGCCAGAAAAAUCCCUUGUACAUACAGCAUGAAGUGGUUUUUUUUUUAGUUGUUUUUGAUUGGAAUUAACUCUCUGUGUGAACAGAACAUCAACGUGUGUGUUAGAACAUCUUUGAGUCCUGCUAAUCCUAGGAACCCCAGCCACCUUCAUAUCAAUUUUGACAGGAAGAAGCUUGUAUUUGAAGUCAGGAUUGGGCAACCCUUCAAUGGGUGGCCAGUUAGUCACACCACAAGUGUCCUGUGCAGCUACUCAAGUAAGAAACUGCUUGGCAGUGAGCAUAAGCAAUUCCUGCUCUGCCCUUCAGCUAUGUGGGUUUUGAAGCAAUCCAGCGAAUACUUCAGUGAUCUGAAAAUUGCUCACUUACCACUUUGUACUUUUUUAAAAAACUCUUGCUUUUGAUAGUAUAGUAGUAAAUUUUUUAGCAUUUUUGUGGCUUUAACAUUCUGUUAAUAUCUGCACUUGUUUGAGUGUACAUAUAUAAAUAUAUAUAAAUAUAAAAAGGGAGCCUUAAUGGAUUUGUUUUCAUAAUUUAAUAUUUUUUGUAUUUGCUCUUGUAUAAUUGUUUUUAACUAAAGGUAUUACGAGAAUGAGGGUGGAAUACUUAGAACCAAAGUUAUGCUUAAUAAAAUCUACUACAUGCUUGGUGUA